AGACGGAUUCAUUUUUGCUGUAAAAGAAGUGUCACUGCUUGAUCAAGGGAGAGCAGGAAUGGAAAGUUUAUAUCAACUGCAACAUGAAAUUGAUCUUUUGAGCCAGAUGGAUCAUGAGAAUAUAGUUCAAUACUUCGGCACUGAAACGGACCAAUCUAAUCUGUAUGUCUUUCUUGAGCUUGUAUCUCAAGGUUCCCUUCGAAAGCUUUGCCAGAAAUGUACUCUUCGUGAUUCACAAGUUUCUCCCUAUACAAGACAGAUUUUGCAUGGUUUAAAUUAUCUUCAUGAUCGAAAGAUUGUUCACAGGGAUAUUAAAUGUUCAAAUAUAUUGGUGGAUAAACACGGAUCUGUUAAGCUUGCAGAUUUUGGAAUGGCAAAGGUAAUCAAAUUGAACGAUGUUAACUCAUGCAAGGGAACAGUACCGUGGAUGGCCCCAGAGGUUGUACCGUACGUGGGGGGGGGAAAAACAUCUUAUGGGCUUCCGGCUGAUAUAUGGAGUCUGGGAUGCACUGUGCUGGAGAUGUUAACGGCCAAAAUUCCAUACCAUACCUUUGAAUGGUGGGAAGCAUUGUUUUUAAUUAAAGAUGGGGAGCCACCUGAGGUGCCCGAAUCUCUUUCAACAUAUGCACAGGAUUUUAUCUGGCAGUGUCUCGAAGUUAAUCCAGAUGAACGUCCCACCGCUGCUCAACUCUUACACCAUCCAUUUGUCCGAAAGCCACUUUCCCACUCUUCUGCUUUUGCAUGUCCUUAUAUCUGUCCAAAGCAGAUUUAGCUUGUCAUCUCAAACGUUGCAGAAUAAGAUCUAUCAUUCAUUUGAUAUAUCAAAUGUCUCCAAUGUUUCUUUCUUCAUGCUGUUAGAGUUGGUCUAAGGGUCAUUGUUGUUGCAACAAAUCUGGUUGCACUGUGCCUUCAGAACCCAGAGUUUGCUUGCUUGUAACUUAUACUCAUUUUAAGCUUUGCUUUGGAUCUAGCUUGAUAUAUCACUCCAGAGAGUUAACUUAUGGGGUUGGCUUGAAUAUCUUAUGGUCCAUGUAUCAUCUUAUUACUCCUCAUGAUUUGUCUGUCGUAUCAAUCUUGAAGGCCUGAUUUGUUUGGUUUA